AUGAUGGCCGAUGAUCGUGCCGAGCGCCUUUCAGCACGGCUGGAAUCCCUGCCAAUCUUGAGGAAACGGUUCCGAAAGGGGUUGGACUGGAUCAAGCAGCCUGCUGAUGCCCUUGGCGACAAUGCUUUGCUUACUACAAGAGCUUUGUCUUUGAACUUCAGUGCCCUGAAAGUGCUCGUCCAAUGGAUGCCCUCCCAGAAGGUCUCGGUAAGGACUUUGGAGCCCGAGGUCAAGUCGCUCUACAAGAAGAUGAACCAUGUGCCGGAGGAGAAGAGGCAACCUUGGAUUGAUGCAUGGUCUCUGAGGACAAUGCUUAGCUUUGCUUUGAAGCGGCAGAGGGAAGACAAUGUUCAGAAGCUGUUCAAGAUCAUCAAGCUCCGACGAUUGGAGUGGGCCAAAGCUGCAAGCAGGAAUCGGCGACCGGAGGAAAAUGAUGGUGAGGAUGAGGAGGAGAAUGGAUCCGGGGAGGAAGAUGAGGGGGAUGGGGAUGAACAGGAGGAUGAACAGGAGGAUGAAGAGGAGGAGGAUGAUGAUGAUGCAAAGAAUGAUAAUAAUGAUGAGGGCUCAGUGCCGGCAGACGCAGGUGCUGCAGACGACAAGGAGAAGGAGGGCGAAGGUGCUGCAAACGACAAGGAGAAGGAGGAGGAUUGUACCGGGGAGGAAGGAGAAGAGGAGGAAGAUCAGGAUGCCGAUGAUGUGAUUCUAGAAGUGCCUGCUCGUUCAGGAAGUAGCAGUUUUGGAAUGCAACAGAAACGUGAUCGCCUCGCCGACCUCAAUGCACAGAUCGAGUCACUACGAGACUCGAUUACUCGGUACUUGGGCUGCUUUAAUUCUUAA